GAGACUUUGCCGGUCCCAAGCCCGGAUAAAGGAGGAGGGUAAUUUAGCUACUUCUAGCGCCUUUUGGGACAUCCUAUUGCUACUUUCCUUGGUGAGGAGUUGGCAACACACAGUGCAAAAAGUUAGUCCGCAACUAAUACAAUAGUAAACACGGAGAACAAAAUGCCACUGCACUGCAUCGGUUUUAAACCUUUGGAACAAGGUGAGACUAUCAACACCAAAAGGCCACUUUACAGAAUUUGUGCGAGAAUUGACACCAAAAUAAAAAAUCAAACACGACAAACUUGCAUGCCCACUUGAAACAUAACCACAUGACUCAGUAUUUCCAACUGCUAAAGUAUGUGCAUAUGAAGAUGCAGAACCUUUGUCACAACAGUUCACAUUUCCUGAGGAAUGACUGUGCAAGCAAAAUAGUGUGUGCUCACAUACAUGUGGUUCUCUUUGGACCCCGACUUAAACAAGUUGAAAAACUUAUUCGGGUGUUACCAUUUAGUGGUCAAUUGUACGGAAUAUGUACUUCACUGUGCAACCUACUAAUAAAAGUCUCAAUCAAUCAAUCAAUCAAUCUCUUCAUCGCCAAAGACAUGUUGCCCGUUAAUGGAAAAAGUAGCAUUUUGAAAAAAGCUACAAAUGUCAUAUUGUCUAUUGUGAGCGAACUGUGGUGCUGAAUUUCCCCCAGGGAUCAAUAAAGUACUUUCUAUUCUAUUCUAUUCUAUAGUCAUGUCAUGGUGGUGUUCCUCGCUCAGAUUCUGCCAGACUAAAGUUUUAUUGCAUAUGACCUGUUAAUACAUCUGCUUAUACUGUAGUGUUUAUAUUGUUGUUCUGCUCUUUUGUUAACAAAAGUCCUCAUUUGAUUGACAGUGAAGUAAUAUACAACUCUACCUCUGCCUACAUGUUCGAUAUUUUAAAACACUAUUGACAAUAUCGUUUAUCAGCUAUAAUUUGACGGUCAAUAUAUCGUUGCGCAAAAUUUGUUGUCGGCCCAGGCCUACCUGUGAAGAAACAGAGGUGGAAGAAUGACAAGGAGGGAGUGAGCUGGCCUCAUAACAGUGAUAGCAUGACAAGUUAAUCAGAGGAAGAAAGGCCACAUCAUUAAAAAUGCACUUGAAAGCUCACCCUCGGUUCUUGAAGGGACGAUAGAAACGUUGCUAACGUUCUGGCAAUGAGUCCCCUAUGGAGGAGUCGCCACCGGAUAUGCUUCCAAACGGUCACAGGGACGAGCGCUCCCCGCAUAUCCACAAUGGAUUAAUCCAAUUCAAGUAUGACCAACAGGAAAAGUCCAUUCGGAGGUUGCUGGAGGAGAACAAGCGGCACCAGGAUCUGAUCCUUGGUAUCUUCUCUGAGAAGGACAACAUGAAGGACCUGCUGAGGGAGCUGAAGGAGACUCGGGACAAACUCAUCCAGCAGGACCAGGCGGCCAAGGUUGGCCUCAUGCAAAUGCAGAAGGAGAUCACCCACUGCCUUGAACAGGAGCCGUCAGUCUUAACUGUGCAGGGAGCGGCGUACCCAGCAGAGAAGAUCAGCUCAGCACUGUUUGCCUGAAGGUCGCUUGCUCUCUCCAAUAGGCUGCAUGUCUGAGAGGAUACCAAGGAGAUCACCCGUCAGCUUCAUCAACAAUAAUGCAACGGCACCAACAAGGACCAAACUACGUGCUCUUCUGUCAGAUAACGACCAGCAGGGGGCAGCCCAUCACCACAAUACAUAGUCUUGGCAAUUGCCUUUGUAAAUAAACAUGUACUGCACGCUAUCAGAAUACAUACUCAAGAUCAAGUAUUUGUCUCUU